AAAGCAGCAGCCUGUCCUGGUGAGGGACAGUCACUCUCUUGACCCACAGACCAAGUGAGCCCCGGGCCCUCACCCCGGACCCAGCUGCCCGACAGGACCUAGCACCACUCGCUGAGACAAUGACCAUGUUUGAAAAUGUCACCCGGGCCCUGACCAGACAGCUAAACCCUCGAGGGGAUCUGACACCCCUGGACAGCCUCAUAGACUUCAAGCGCUUCCACCCCUUCUGCCUGGUGCUGAGGAAACGGAAGAGCACGCUCUUCUGGGGCGCCCGGUACCUGCGCACCGACUACACCCUCCUGGACGUGCUGGAACCCGGCAGCUGCCCCUCAAAUCCAACAGACUCGGGGAACUUUGCCUUUAAGAAUAUGCUGGAUGCCCGAGUGGAGGGACAGGUGGACGUGCCAAGGACAGUCAAGGUGACGGGGACUGCGGGGCUGUCUCGGAGCAGCACCUUGGAGGUCCAGACACUCAGUGUGGCUCCCAAGGCCCUGGAGGCCUUGCACCAGGAGAGGAAGCUGGAAGCGGAGCACCCGUUCCUGAAAGAGAUGCGAGAUCGAGGGGAGAACCUGUAUGUGGUGAUGGAGGUGGUGGAGACUGUGCAGGAGGUCACUCUAGAGAGAGCCGGCAAGGCAGAGGGCGUCUUCUCCCUCCCUUUCUUCGCCCCAUUGGGGCUACAGGGAUCCAUCAACCACAAGGAGGCGGUAACCAUCCCCAAGGGCUGCAUCCUGGCCUUUCGAGUGAGACAGCUGAUGGUCAAAGGGGAGAAUGAGUGGGAGAUCCCACAUAUCUGCAAUGAUAACAUGCAGACCCUUCCCUCCUGGAGGUAACCAGAAGAGGAGAAGCUCAUCCUCAUCCAGGCAUCCGAUGUCGGGGAGAUGCAUGAAGACUUCAAGACACUAAAAGAAGAGAUUCAACGAGAGACCCAAGAAGUGGAGAAGCUGAGUCACGUGGGACAAAGCUCCUUGCUCACGGCCCUCAGCAAACUUUUAGGAAAGAAAAAGGAGCUACAAGACCUGGAGCUCACGCUUGAAGGGGCUCUAGACAAAGGACAUGAAGUGACGCUGGAGGCACUCCCAAAAGAUGUCCUCAUAUCCAAGGAGGUGAUGGGCGCCAUCCUCUACUUCCUGGGAGCCCUAACAGAGUUAAGUGAAGCCCAACAGAAGCUGCUGGUGAAAUCCAUGGAGAAGAAGAUCCUGCCUGUGCAACUAAAACUUGUGGAGAGCACAAUGGAACAGAAUUUCCUGCAGGACAAAGAGGGUGUUUUUCCCCUGCAAUCUAACCUGCUCUCCUCCCUUGGGGAAGAAGAACUGAUCCUCACAGAGGCCCUCGUGGGGCUGAGCGGCCUGGAAGUGCAGAGAUCGGGCCCCCAGUACACGUGGGACCCAGACACCCUCCCCCACCUCUGUGCCCUUUACGCUGGCCUCUCCUUCCUGCAGCUGCUGACCAAGGCCUCCUAACUCGCCUUUUCCAUCUGCUUCCUGCUUCCCUAAUGCCUCCCCCACCUCACUGUGCUAUGUCCUUAACAUCCAAGGGCAUUUCAUAGCCACCAGGCUGAGGAUGAUGGAAACCCGAGCUGAUCCCCCACGAUAACCAAUUUCCACUUGACCAACUCUAUCUCCUCCUGCCCCUGUAGUGCUGCUACCCGCUGAGCUCAUCCGCUGAUGCUUAAGUCCUCUGAGAGUAGAAACACAAUUUUAAAAAUUAUAAACCAUUUCAGCAAAACAAAAAUUAAUUAAUUUCCUAUCCCAAUCCCUCAAUCUUGUGCUUUUAAAAAUCAAGCUUCACUGGAAUUCAUGGAAAAUAUUUCACUUUGGAUGAAAUGUCUUUGGUGUUUUCUUUAAAGAAUCUAUCAUAAGGAAAUUCUUAACUCAUGUCAGAAAAGAAAAUAGACAUUAUCACACUACAUAUAGAUCAUAUGUACAUGAAUACUAUUACACUGUCCUCAGGCCAGCUGGCAAGUACUCAGAGAAGAACUAUGAGGCUACAGAAUGUGGAAUCUAGAUUCUAAAGAGAGAAUAUCAUCAAAGCAGCGUGUCUUCAUAGAGGAGCCUUUGGAGCCCCCUGGACUUGGGUUAAGGGACUGGGAAAGGCAAAAACCUAGAGAUACAUUGUACAAACCCAAAACAGGAGUAAGACAACUUUCAAGUUUAUUGGAUAAAAAUGCAGAUAGAUCCUGGCCAGGUAGCUCAGUUGGUUAGAGCACUGUCCCAAUAUGCCAAGGUUGUGGGUUCAAUCCCUAGUCAGGGCACAUACAAGAAUCAAUGAAUGAAUGA